CGCUGUCAUUGAUCGAAAUUUCCCUUUUAUCUGACGAAGAAGACUGUGCGUAGUGAUUAGUUGGGAUGGAAUUUUGCUGUAUUUCAUUAGAUAUUGUAGACAAAUUUUAUGCAACAGUGUAAUAUUACUUUUAAUACUCUAAUUUAAGCUCGCUGGAUCUACUUAUUUGUUGAAUAAGACCCCAGAGUUCCAACCACCGAAGCCCGCGAUGACGUCGAUGACCUUUGGUCAGAAGAAGUUCAUUCCAACCGCACCGGAGAAGGGCAGUUUCCCACUGGACCACGAAGGUCAAUGCAAAAAGCUGAUGCUGUAUUACAUGCGUUGCCUGCGGUCAAAUAACGACGAUAACUCCGCCUGCCGACAGGAAUCGAAGGCCUAUCUGCAGUGCCGUAUGGAGAACAAUUUGAUGGCCAAGGAGGAGUUUUCCAAGCUUGGAUUUGCCGAUCUGGAGGAUGAUGCCAAGAAGAAUGAGAAGAGCGAUAAGUGAAUAAUUUACUGCAGUGAAACAAGUGGACAUAAAUUUUAAACUAUUGAAGAAAAACAA